AAGGAAGAAAAGCAUAACCCAAAAAUCCGAAACCUAUUUCCAAAGCCCUUUUCCGCCGCUCUCUUCUCAGUCACAGCUAAUAGUCAUGGGUCAGGGGACGCCCGGCGGACUUAACCGGCAAUUGCCCGGCGACCGGAAAAACGAUGGAGACAAGAAGGAGAAGAAGUUCGAACCAGCUGCUCCACCGGCACGCGUUGGUCGGAAGCAGCGCAAACAGAAAGGUUCCGAAGCGGCAGCUCGGAUACCAGCCGUUACGCCGCUGACCAAGUGCAAGCUUCGUCUGCUAAAGCUUGAGAGAAUUAAGGAUUAUUUGUUAAUGGAAGAAGAAUUUGUGGCUAAUCAGGAACGGUUGAAACCUCAGGAAGAGAAGACUGAAGAGGAUCGAUCUAAAGUUGAUGAUCUCCGUGGAUCUCCAAUGAGUGUGGGGAAUUUGGAGGAGCUUAUUGAUGAGAAUCAUGCUAUUGUUUCGUCGUCUGUGGGACCGGAGUAUUAUGUUGGGAUCUUAUCGUUUGUUGAUAAAGAUCAACUCGAACCAGGAUGUGCUAUUUUGAUGCAUAACAAGGUUCUAUCUGUUGUUGGGCUUCUACAAGACGAUGUUGAUCCAAUGGUGUCUGUCAUGAAGGUUGAGAAAGCUCCCUUGGAAUCAUAUGCUGACAUUGGUGGAUUAGAUGCCCAGAUUCAGGAGAUUAAAGAAGCAGUUGAGCUUCCUUUGACUCACCCUGAGUUAUAUGAAGACAUUGGUAUUAAACCUCCGAAAGGGGUAAUUCUGUAUGGAGAGCCUGGGACCGGCAAAACCUUACUUGCCAAGGCAGUCGCAAACUCCACUUCAGCAACUUUCCUGCGUGUUGUGGGAAGUGAACUGAUUCAGAAGUAUUUGGGAGAUGGGCCUAAAUUGGUCAGGGAGCUCUUCAGAGUUGCUGAUGAUCUCUCACCUUCAAUUGUCUUUAUUGAUGAAAUUGAUGCAGUUGGUACAAAAAGGUAUGAUGCACACUCAGGUGGUGAACGAGAAAUUCAGAGGACUAUGCUGGAGCUGCUGAACCAGUUGGAUGGUUUUGAUUCCAGAGGAGAUGUGAAGGUGAUUCUUGCCACAAAUAAAAUUGAGAGUCUGGAUCCGGCCCUGCUUCGGCCUGGUAGGAUAGACAGGAAAAUUGAGUUCCCUCUUCCUGAUAUCAAAACAAGGAGGCGCAUUUUCCAGAUACACACAGCAAGGAUGACUUUGGCUGAUGAUGUAAAUUUAGAAGAAUUUGUUAUGACGAAGGAUGAGUUUUCUGGUGCUGAUAUCAAGGCAAUAUGUACCGAAGCUGGAUUGCUCGCUUUAAGAGAGCGGCGUAUGAAGGUAACUCAUCCAGAUUUCAAGAAGGCCAAGGACAAGGUCAUGUUCAAGAAGAAAGAGGGAGUGCCUGAAGGGCUUUACAUGUAAUCAUUUUGUAUCACUGUUGUUCUCGACUUGAUUUCCCUGUUUUCAGUUCUCUUUAAAUACGUUGACGUUUUUUGUUUCCUGGUUAAAACAAUAUAUUACAUUUAGAACUUCCGGUUGGUUGUCAGCUUUUUGUUUUGCACUUAA